AUGUUCGCCGCCGCCGCCGCCGCCGUAAAUGCUGCCAGGCCGUCCCCGCAAUAUCGGGGGCCUGGCAUGGCCGCUGUUCGCUUACAGACCGACGAUAUGGCGGAAUGCUGGAACUCCCUGCUAGAACUGCGGGCGUGCAUAGGAGAGGUCAUGCUAUUCUUCCUCAACGGCGAGACCAACCUGGGACCGGGCUGCUGCAACGCCAUACGUGUCAUCGAGCACCGCUGCUGGCCGUCCAUGCUCACCUAGCUUGGUUUCACACCCGACGAGGGCGACAUAUUGAGAAGCUACUGCGACACCGAGGGCUGCACUCUCCGCCUGCCGCCACCCCCGCUGUCUCCGGUCUCCCUCGCUCCCACGCCAUGA